AUGCCAAAACUAGGAUCAAACAUUAUUGGGAUCGAGAGCGAUAGGGUUACCAACACCCAUUCGAACGAUUUCCCAGCUUAUUCCAAAGAUAUAGGUGAGGCGUGGGAUCUAGAAGCUUUCAAAAAGAAAUUCCAACUAAACAUUUCAUACAUCACAGAGAGAACAGCUAACUUUGAUUUAAUAGGACUAGACACUUCGAUCGCCAACGCAUUUAGAAGAAUUAUGAUAUCCGAGGUCCCAAGUGUGGCAAUAGAGUUUGUUUACAUGUUCAACAAUACAUCAGUUAUCCAGGAUGAAGUUCUUGCACACAGGUUGGGACUUGUGCCCUUGAAAGUGGAUCCAGAUCUUCUCAGUUGGGUGGAUCCGAAUGCGGAGGAAAAAGAGAAAUUCACGGAUGAGAACACCAUAGUUUUAAGCUUAAAUGUGAGCUGCACCCGGAAUCCAAAUGCAGUUAAAGGAGACAACAGGCCAGAAAAUUUAUACAAGAACUCCAAUGUUUACGCUAAGGACUUGAAGUUCGAACCCCAGGGAAGGCAGGUUGAGACAUUCAAGGACCAUCCGGUGGUGCCCUGUGAUCCAAAUAUUCUAUUGGCCAAACUUCGUCCUGGUCAGGAAAUUUCUUUAAGAGCACAUUGUGUGCUUGGAAUUGGUGCAGAUCAUGCCAAAUUCUCACCUGUCGCAACUGCCUCUUACAGAUUGCUACCUUUGAUUGAUAUCAAGGAACCUAUAACAGGAAAGGAUGCCCUGGAAUUCCAGGAUUGCUUCCCAUCAGGUGUUAUUGGUAUUAAUGAUAAAGGUGAGGCCUAUGUGAAGGAUGCCAGAAAGGAUACUGUUUCCAGGGAAGUUCUUCGACACGAGAAAUUCAACGGCAAGGUGAAGUUGGGCAGGAUCAGGGAUCACUUUAUCUUCAAUGUUGAGAGUACUGGUGCAAUGUUGCCGGAGGAGAUCUUCUUUAAGAGUGUCAGAGUUCUUAAAAACAAGGCUGACUAUCUCCGUAACUGUCCAAUUGGUAAUGUUGAAUGA